AACUCCGUACUCUGGACCACGGCGGGUCUAUUUUUAGAGGCGCUCUCUCAUGCCAGUCCCAUUCGUCAGGUAACAGCCGCAGGGACUAGUGACCAGCUCCGCCAACCGGCCACCAUGUCGACAAGACUGAAAUCCUUAUACGUUGUUUACAUUAUUCUGCUUCUAUGCAGAGACAGCGUGGUCGCCGAGGAACCAGUCAAUUUCAAGAUCACCGACACGCUACUUAUCUGUAGCAGCUGGUUGGCUAGCGUCAUCACCAAGGUCUGCGACAACACAUACAAGAUCGUCAAAAGGGAUACUUCUGUUUUGAUGGAAAAAAUGGCGCCAAAAAGCGUGCAAGAGCAGAAAACCAAGUUACUUUCUCUGGAAAAAGAACGUUGGCGACGCGUCCGCCGCCAGAUAGCGACGGAGUGCUGUGACAACCCUUGCACCGUCGCCACCAUCAUCAUGUACUGCCCAAAUGACUCCAGGGUCAUCAGAGAAAACCCAGAUCUGUUUGAAGUUGAAGAUUGUGACUUUACCCUUAUAAUACCAAAACCUUUAUAUAGACCUGGGUUCACAUUAAAUUUACAUAAAAUUUUAAUCGUUUAUCUACAUCACUUCGGAAAACACAGGCUCAUGAAAAUCGUCGUGAUAUGGAGUUUAACAUUUUUGGUGCUCAUCGUGGAUGUGAAGGCGGAAGAUAAAGUGACUCUCUGUGGAACAGAGCUCGCGAAGGCUCGUGUACUGCUGUGCUAUGGAGCGGACUAUGUCAUGAAGAGGAGAAUACCCUCGCUGUAUGAUAUGGAACGUGAGUUGGAGAGAAGAUUGUGGCGCCACUACCAAGGGGCGGGUGUGCGCUGGGAGCGAAACAAGCGCGGCCUGGUGGACGAGUGCUGUUUGAAACCCUGCUCCACUGAUGUCAUCCUUAGCUACUGCUGAAUAGAGGCCAUUAUUUGAGGGCAGGGUUUAGAUUGUGCUCGUUCUCCAUGGAUACCAUGUUACUAAGUCGUAAAUAUACUGUCUUAUAGUUAUGUUUUCGAUUGUAUUAAUUAAUUAUAGAUACAUUUUAUUAGCUUCGUUAUCAAUAUAUGAAUUAUAUUUCACUCAAUGAUAGAUGAGUAUUAAAAUUAAGUACUACAUACUAUUUUAUAUAGGUACUUAGGGUAAGAUAUACCAGUUAAAUUUGCCGUUAACUUUAACGUACGCACCGUCAUCGUUUAGACAAAAUGGCGCGCUUUACAUUUUUCUGCUCAAGUUAAUCUCAAUGUCAACUUUGACUGGUGCUUACUCUUAGUUUAAAGUGCUUAAUUUCACCUUUUAAUAUGCACAUUUUUUUUGUUUAAAGUACAGUUCCUGUGUAUUUUUACUAAUUUAGAAGCCAAUAUUUACGUCUUCAAGCAUUUAGGUUGCAGCCAUAUUAUAACGAGACUACAAAUGUAGCCUCAUUAACAUCUUCCAAGUUAGCUGGGUGGUAACCUGGGGCGGAUAGCUCCCUGGGUUGUAGGUAGACAUUUUUAUCUACCAUUACCUACCUAAUUGAAAUUACGAAAUCAUAACCGGCUAUACAUAUUUCAAUUGUUAAUCUAGUAAAUAAAUUAAUAUAUUAUCCUAUUUAUACCUACACUAUCAUACUUUUUAAGAAUGCAUAUGUUAAUGUAUCUAAAUAUAUCAUUACCAAAACGUGCA